CAAAAAAUGCCUAAGAAAAGUGUCAUGUGUGGUGCCAGCGGUUCUAAAAAUGUCAACAUUUAAAAUUCUAAUUAGAAAAUGAAAAAGUUCCAACGUGGAAUCUCUAAUUUUGAAAGAUUUACUUUCUAUCUCGUAUCAUGAAUUGAAUGCACACUUUUUUUAUAGUAUUUUAAUUCAGAAUAAUUAGAAAUGGCUCCUCCACAGAAAGGUAAACAGGGUACCAAAGGGGCCAAACAAAUAGCCGAAGAAAAUGUAUCUACACUUAAAUUUUAUAGAACUAUGGCUAUUUUCUCUAAUGCCUUUUCGUUGCUGGUUUUGUAUUUUUAUAAUUCUACAAUUAGUAUAAUAUUAUACCUCUUUUCGUGUAUGAUAUAUAUAGGAUCAUAUCAAUUCAUGGCAUACAUGGCUACAGCAAAAUAUUCAGAGACUGGUCAGUUGCUUGACAGUGGUGUUGAUCUCAAUAUGGAAGGAGGAAUUGCAGAGCAUGUAAAAGAUAUAAUAAUAUUGACUGCGGGAUGUCAAGUUCUCUCAUCUCUAAUAUCAAACUACUUUUGGUACUUGUGGUUACUGGCCCCAGCUCGCGGCGGUUGGAUUUUAUGGAAAAACAUUUUACAGCCAUAUUUUCUACAACCAAACACAGGUGAGCCCGAAGUAAAUGAGAAGAAACAGAAAAAAUUAGAGAGAAAAAUGAAAAGGAUGCAGCAGAGAUAGAUGUGUUAAUUUUUUAAGAAUAGUUCUCGAUAUUUUAAUUUAUUGAUUUUUUUUGUUGAUAGUGGUGGAAUUUAUUUACAGAACAAUAUUAAAGACUUGUUUGUUACUCUAA